GUAGAUGCCGGGGCAGCUUCGCAGCUAGUGACCUGACUGGCUCGCAGGUUGCAUCUUCAGUGUCAGAUGCGAUUUUCCUGAGUGAAGCCACGUGUCAGACUGUCGGAGCGGGCUGACAGAGAGGGGAGAGAGAGGGGGAAAUAGAGAGGGAGGGAGAGAGAGACAGAGAGGAGGGGAGAGAGAGAGAGAGGCGGUGGAGAGAGCAGGGGCACCAACUCGCUCAGAAUCGGAAAAUCGUUGGGAAAUGUAUGGAGGCUAGCAGUGGAUUCCUUCGCGUGUAUUAAAGCCCCGGCAUCAUGUCUUUCCUUUGGCUCCCGAGUGCUGAUGCAUUGCAAGUGACCGCGAGGGUCGGUUCUCUCAAACUCGCCGUAUGAAGACCAGGUUGAAGAACUAAAGCAUCCAACAUGCCUAUGCACCCAGUGACCGCCACUUUAAUGUAUAGAGGCAUCUACACCAUCCCCGACAUCCUCACCAACCGGGAUCCUAUCGAUAUACCCGAGGACGAACUGGAAGAAAUCCGGGAGGCUUUUAAAGUCUUUGACCGCGAUGGAAACGGGUUUAUCUCGAAGCAGGAGUUGGGAAUGGCGAUGCGUUCUCUGGGCUACAUGCCGAAUGAAGUGGAGCUGGAGGUGAUAAUCCAGCGACUGGAUAUGGACGGCGAUGGACAGGUGGACUUUGAAGAGUUUGUGACACUGCUGGGACCCAAACUCUCAUCCGCAGCAAUCCCAGAGAAAUUUCACGGGACUGAGUUUGAUAAUGUUUUUUGGAAGCAACUUUAG